UCUUAUGCUGAAGAGCCAAAGCGGAAGCUGUCGUCACGCACAGGCGCUUGACUCUGUGCGCGAAUUAAAUGGCAGUGAUCCUCACACGCGCGGACAAAGUGGUCGUGGACACCGCGCGACCACUUCCUGCUUCCACGCGUGGACGCCAUGAUGCCGGAGCCACGACUGUGGAGAUUGAGGCCAGAGGAGCAUCAGGAGGAGCAUCAGGAGGAGCAUUGGGACUAUCAUCAGGAGGAGCGUCAUGAGGAACAUCAUGAGGAGCAUCAUGAGGAACAUCAUGAGGAGCAUCAUGAGGAACAUCAUGAGGAGCAUCGGGAGGAGCAUCAGGAGGAUCAGAUGCUCCAAGAGAAUGUCCUCAGGCAGGAGGCCAAGCUGCAGCGUGUGCGGGCCCUCAGGGGCCAAGUGGAGAACAAACGCCUCGGCAACAGCGAGCUGGCGGGCGAGGUGGAGCAGAUGAGCGCCGUGUUGCAGCAGAAGCAGAAGGAGAUGCUGCUGGCCGUCGCGCGGGUGGAGGAGCUGAGCCUCCAGUUGGAGGCGCUGAGGAGCAUCUCAAUGCCGCCUCCUCCUUCUCCUCUUACUCCCCGCCUCCACGCCCCCGCCACUUCCUCCUCCGUUGAGCUGAUGCACCUCUGCAGGGAGCUGCAGCUGAGGAAGCAGCUGAACCAGGACCAGAGCAGCCGACUGCAGCAGCAGAGGUCGGGCCUGAACAAGAAGAACGUGGAGGUGGCGGCCAUGGAGCGACGCCUCUCUGAGGUCCGCCUUCGUCUUUGGAAGAAGGCGGCUCUGCAGCCCCAGGAGACAAAGGUGCGGGCCCCUGGGGGUCCUGCCCAGGACCACAACAUCCGGUGUGGGCCCCCCCUGCAGGUCACCUCGGACGUCGCUGUGGCGGCGGUGGGUCCGUACAUCCAGUCCUCCUGUCAGGGGCCCCCACUUCACGCCACCACCCUGCCGAUGCCAGUCCCGCCCCGCCGGCCGCAGGAAGCGACCUCAGCGGUGGAGACUAGCCCCGCCCACGCCUGCACUCUGCCCCGCGUGGCCAGCCUGCGCCGCCACUCCUCAAGCUCACGCUACGCUACAGAUGCGCCGCCCCAUGUCCCAUCAAGGACCAAUCACAUGGCUGAAGACCAGGCGUGCUCUAAAGCUCAGAUGGCAUUGCAAGCUCUGCCUCCAGCCACCGCCUUCUCCACCGGAACCUUCCCUGGAAGGAUGCGGCCAUCAAGGGGCGCCCUACAUGUGGCCAGCAAGCAGGACAGUCCCCCCACCUCGGGGCCCCUCCCCCCUGUGCUGCAAAAGCCUUUGACGGUGGCGGCGGCGUCCAUAAUCCGCGUGUACACGCAGCAAAGCCUCCUGGGAAAGAGCUGCACGCCGCCACGCUGCCCAGCAGGUGACUCGCCACCGCCAAAGGCCAACUUGUCACCUCCACCCCCAGUGUACGGGAGGCCCAUCCCCCCGUGCGCCUCCAAAAGGGGCGGGACUGACGGUUGUAGAGCAGAGCGAGCUCCCACUCGGCCGCUCAGUCCCACAAAGCUCCUCCCCUUCCUGUCUUUCCCCGCCGACCCUGAAGUCCUGCGGCGUUGGCAGCACGCCCCCCGGCCCCUGAAGAAGCGUGGCUCUGUGGCAGAGCCCGAAGGCCCGGCGGGCCCCAACAUCCAGAAGCUUCUCUACCAGAAGACCACCAUGGCUGCCAUGGAGACCAUCGCCAUGGAGACCCCAGAGGAUGAGGUGACUCCAACCCCACGGCCCCCAAGUUCACCCGUCACAAGCUCCGCCUCUUUCCGCCCCCCGGCCGCUGCUCUGGAGGGGGCAGAAGAGGAAGUGCUGCAUCCAAUCACGUCGCCUCAUCAGGACCCCUCGCAAGGAGGCCACGCCCUCAACCUGCGACCUUCUGAGGUCACGGCAAAGAAGUCCAUCCUGCGCACAGCUGCCUCGGGUCCUGUCGACGGGGCGCUGCGGGUCAAGUUCAACGCCCUCGCCAUCCUGCUGGACUCUUCGCUGGAGGGCGAGUACCACCUCGUGCGCAGGCUCAUCUACCAAGUGGACGACCCCAGCGCCGCCAACGACGAGGGCAUCACGGCGCUACACAACGCCGUGUGCGCCGGACACACCCACAUCAUCAAGCUCCUGGUGCGCUUUGGCGUGGACGUCAACGCCGCAGACAACGACGGCUGGACGCCGCUGCACUGCGCCGCCUCCUGCAACAACGUGCGGGCGUGUAAGUUCCUGGUGGAGUCGGGCGCCGCCCUCUUCGCCGCCACCUACAGCGACAUGCAGACCGCCGCCGACAAGUGCGAGGACACGGAAGACGGCUACGCCCAGUGUUCGCAGUUCCUCUACGGCGUGCAGGAGAAGAUGGGGGUGAUUAAUAGGGGCGUGGUCUACGCCCUGUGGGACUACGAGCCUCAGAGUGGCGAUGAGCUCCGCCUCCAGGAGGGCGAGGGCGUAACGGUGCUGAGGCGGGAGGACGAGGCGGAGGACGAGUGGUGGUGGGCGAGAUGCGGCGACCACGAAGGUUACGUCGCCCGCAACCUGCUGGGGGUCUGCGCGAGGGUCCGCCCCCGCACAGGACGCUUCACCGAAUGAUGGACAGUUGCCAGGGAUCAGGUCACAGGAUUAAAGAUUGAGAUCUUCAGCAUGACUCCGCCUCCUCUUGAGCGAGGUCAUUUAUUGAAGAAGAAGGUGGUGUCGGCACAGCAUGCAGAGAAAAGGGUACAUUCACCUUGAAAGUGCUGAAAGGAGCCAAGAUGGCGUCCACAAAUUGAGAUUAUUUUAGUGAGGGUUCUGCUUCUGCCGGAGGUUCUGGUCCGCAGGGAGCAGGCGGGUGACGUGGCCGAUGCCUUUGGUCACGCCCUCUCUGAAGAGCAGCUUGGCGCCGGUCCGCAGGUACUCGGGAUGUUUGAUGAAGUGGAAGCCCACCACGGCUCGCUCGCCGGUCCGCAGCUCGUCCUGCGAGGGGGAGAGAGUGGCGUGACCUGCCGGCAGCCAUCUUGCGAACGUAGCGCCGAAAUGCACCUUCCCGUAGACGCUCUGGACCACGGCGGUCUGCCGCACGUUGCCCACGUGGACGGUGACCUGUGACCCCCGGCGGAAGGUCUUGGCGUGGAAGAGGAGCACGAUGGCGGCCUCGAACUCCCGGCAGACGGUGGGCUUCAUCUUGGGACUCACCAUCACCAUCCCCUGCCGGGACAGCAGCCGUCAUGUCGCUGCGGUCGCCGCCCUCUUUGCCACCUCUCACCUUGCGCAGCAGCGAGCGGUCAAAGUUGCCCAACGCCAGCGUGGCUGCCUGCCCCGCCCUCAGCAGCCUGCACGCCGAGCGGUUCCUCUGGAUGCUCGCCACCCUCAGGCGCAGGAAGUGGCCUUGCUCCGUGGGCCCCACCACCAGCCGCUCGCCCUCGCGACACACCCCGCUGACACACACACACAUUGUUGGACACUGGCCAUGCUCUCACCUGUACACAGUCCCGCCCACCAGCGUGCUCUCACCUGUACACAGUCCCGCCCACCAGCGUGCUCUCACCUGUACAGAGUCCCGCCCACCACCGUGCCCACCUCAGGCACCGAGUAGAUCUCGUCCACCUGCAAGUACACCACCGUGUCCACUAGUGUAGCUGCAAUGCAUCAUGGGAGACAUGUUGGCGCUUUCAUGUUUAGAGUGGGAGGAGCCAAAUACAAUCAUUAAUCAUUAAAAAUAUUAUUUUUAUAUUAGUUAUUGUAUUAAGACCAUUCAUAAUAAUUACUUAAAUGGUUAUUAUAUUGAUCAUAAUAAUAAUAAAAGCAACAAUACCAAUAAUAGGAAUAAUUGUUGUUAUUGUAAUAAUAAUAAUAAUAAUAAUAAUCAGAAUUAAAAUACUAAAAAGAAUAAUUGUAAUAAUAGAAAAGUAAUUAUAUUUAUUAGUUAUUGUAAUAGGACAAUUUAUAAUAAUUACUGUAAUAAUGAUUAUUACUAUUAUUAUUAUAGUAAUAAUACCAAUAAUAGGAAUAAUAAUCAUAAUUACAAUACUAAAAUGAAUAAUUGUAAUAAUAAAAAUGUAAUUCUAUUUAUAUCAGUUAUUGUAACAUGACAAUUUAUAAUCAUUACUGUAAUAAUAAUGAUUAUUAUAUUUAUCAUAAUAUGAGUAAUGAUAGCAAUAAUAGAAAUAAUUAUUAUAGUAAAAAUGAUAGGAAUAAUAAUCAUAAUUACAAUACUGAAAAGAAUCAUUGCAAUAAAAGUAUAAUAGUUAUAUUUAUAUUAGUUAUUGUCAUAAAACCAUUUAUAAUAAUUACUGUUACAAUUAAAUUUAUCAUGAUAAUACAAGUAAUAAAACCAAUACCAGGAAUAAUAGUAAUAGAAAUAAUAAUCAUAAUUAAAACUAAAACACGUAAUUGUAAUAAUAAAAUAUAUAUUUAUAUUAGUUAUUGUAAUAAGACAAUUUAUAAUAAUUACUGUAAUAAUGAUUAUGUGUCAUAAUAAUACAAGUAGUAAUACCAAUAAUAACAAUAAUAAUUAUAUGAAAAAUCAUCAUUACGAUACUAAAUAGAAUUGUAAUAUUACAAAUAUAAUUAUAAUAUUGAUGUUAGUUAUUGUAAUAAGACUAUUUAUAAUUACUGUAAUAAUUAUUAUAUUUAUCAUGGUACAAGUAAUGAUACCAAAAAUAGGAAAAAUAAUAAUUAUAAUAAUUAUGACAGGAAUAAUCAAUUACAAUACUACAAAUAAUAAUUGUAAAAAAUAAUGAACAAUUAUAUUGAUUAGUUAUUGAAAUAAGACCAUUUAUAAUAAUUAUUAUAUUGAUCAUAAUAAUAGUAUGAAUAAAACCAAUAAUAGGAAAAAUAAUAAUGAUAGGAAUAAUAAUCAUAGUUACAAUACUAAAAAUAUUUAUUGUAAUAUUAAAAAUAUAAUUUUAUUAGUUAUUGUAAUAAAAAAAUUAUAAUAACUACUGUAACAAUGAUUAUUAUUAUAUUAUAAUAAUAUGAGUAACAAUACCAAUAAAAGGAAUAAUAACAAUCACAACACUAAAAAAUGAUAAUUGUAAUAAUAACAUUUUAAUUAUUGUAAUGAGAACAUUUAAUAAUAAUUACUGUAAUGAUUAUUAUAUUCAUCAUAAUAAUACCAAUAUUAGGAAUAAUUAAAAUAAUAGGAAUACUAAAAGGAAUAAUUGUAUUAAUACAAUAAAUAAUAAUUACUGUAUUAAUGAGUAUGAUUAUCAUAAUACCGAUAUUAGGAAUAAUAAUAGGAAUACUAAAAAUAAUAAUUGUAAUAUUACAAUAAAUAAUAACUACUGUAUUAAUGAUUAUGAUAACAUUUAUCAUAAUACCACCAAUAUUAGGAAUAUUAAUAAUAAAUUUAAUAGACGACUAUAUCCACUAGUGCAGUGGUUCUCAAAUGGGGGUACGUGUACCCCUGGGGGUACUUGAAGGUAUGCCAAGGGGUACGUGAGAUUUUUUUUAAAUAUUCUAAAAAUAGCAACAAUUCAAAAAAACCUUUAAAAAUAAAUUCAUUGAAUAAUACUUCAACAAAAUAUGAAUGUAAGUUCAUAAACUGUGAAAAAUACAACAUUGCAAUAUUCAGUGUUGACAGAUAGAUUUUUUGUGGACAUGUUCCGUAAAUAUUGAUGUUAAAGAUUUAUUUUUUUGUGAAGAAAUGUUUAGAAGUAAGUUGAUGAAUCCAGAUGGAUCUCUAUUACAAUCUCCAAAGAGGGCACUUUAAGUUGAUGAUUACAUCUAUGUGGAGAAAUCUGCAUUUAGAAUUGAAUCACUUGUUUCUUUUUCAACAAGUUUUUAGUUAUUUUUAUAUAUAUUUCCCAAAUAGUUGAAGAAAGACCACUACAAAUGAGCAAUAUUUUGCACUGUUAUACAAUUUAAUAAAUCAGAAACUGAUGACAUAGUGCUGUAUUUAUCUCCUUUUUUCAACCAAAAAUGCUUUGCUCUGAUUAGGGGGUACUUGAAUUAAAUAAAAUGUUCACAGGGGGUACAUGACUGAAAAAAGGUUGAGAAGCACUGCACUAGAGGGCCUUCAACUUGUAAUUGACACACAAUCAGCAUGGACUGACUGACAAGUGUAGCUGCAAUGCAUCAUGGGAGACAUGGUGGGCGGAGUUGAGUUCUCUGAUUACAAAAGUAGGAGGAGCAAAAUAUAAUUACAACAAUAGUAAUAAUAAUAAUAAUAGGAAUAUUAACUGUAAUAAUAAUCGUAUUCAAAAUAUUAGAACACACUAAUCAAUUAACAUGAAUAUAAUAAAUAAAUAAUAAAUGGGUUGUACUUGUAUAGCGCUUUUCUACCUUCAAGGUACUCAAAGCACUUUGACACUACUUCCACAUUUACCCAUUCACACACACAUUCACACACUGAUGGAGGGAGCUGCCAUGCAAGGCGCCAACCAGCACCCAUCAGGAGCAAGGGUGAAGUGUCUUGCUCAGGACACAACGGACGUGACGAGGUUGGUACUAGGUGGGAUUUGAACCAGGGACCCUCAGGUUGCGCACGGCCACUCUCCCACUGCGCCACGCCGUCCCUAAUGAUGUCUUUAUAUUAAUUAUUAUAAAAAAUAUAAUAACUGAUCAUAAAAAGAAUAGUGGUAAUAAAAACA